GUCCUUCUUUUCUAGUGUCAUUUGACGCGUCAAAUGAAAACAUUUAUUAGACACUGCCAAAGCAGUGGUUAUCAUGUGUUGUUACUAAAUGUCAAAACCAGAUUGUUAACUUAGUAUCUCGAGUAUAGGAGUUAAUUAAACCGUUGAGGCUUUUUCGCAAUAAUUUGACACAAAAGCCGGAUUUUUAUUUGCAUUCACUCACACGUCAUUUUCAAGAUGCGGCUAUUUGGACACAGCUAGCGCCGUUCAUUCACAUUACUGAUCUGUCCAGGAAUAAAACAGAAAUACAAGAGGUAAUAAGAGCGGACGUUUAAUAUCGUUGUUAUUGUAAGUCGCUUUUGGUCUAUAGAUGUAAUAUCAGAGGAAGGAGAGCCUCAUCAUCACAACAGAGAAGAAGAGGGGGUAUCUAGAGUCGCGUCAUCAUUUCCGGGCUACCGAUCGCCGGUAGAGUGGAUCGGGACGCAGGAGCGCGGGGUACGGGGAGCGGAGCGGUGUCCGUGUCCAUACCGAGACUGCUGGACGAUAGCAUGGCCGCCGGGAAGGCAGCGAGCAAACCGUCUCUCUGGCAGAACGAACGGCUCCGGUUCAUUGUCUGUUUCUGCGGGGUGUUCGUGUGUUACUUCUACUAUGGGAUACUGCAGGAGACAAUCACGCGAGGAGACUACAGUCACGCGGGGAAGAAGGAGAAGUUUCGUUACGCCACUACACUAGUCUUCAUCCAGUGUAUCAUCAACGCCGCUUUCGCCAGACUCUUAAUUCAGUUUUUCGAGGGCUCAAAGCAGGACCACACGAGAGGUUGGCUGUAUGGCGUGUGCGCUCUGUCUUACCUGGGCGCCAUGGUGUCCAGUAACUCUGCCCUGCAGUAUGUCAACUACCCCACACAGGUGUUGGGAAAAUCUUGUAAACCAAUUCCAGUGAUGAUUCUGGGCGUCACAAUCCUAAGAAAGAAAUAUCCCAUGGCGAAGUAUCUGUGCGUGUUUCUAAUCGUCACCGGGGUGGCUCUCUUCCUCUACAAACCCAACAAAGGCUCCAGCACAUCAGAUGAACACACAUUUGGCUUUGGAGAGAUGCUGCUGCUGCUGUCGCUGACUCUGGAUGGACUGACGGGUGUAGCUCAGGACCACAUGAGGGCACGGUACCAAACGGGAGCCAAUCACAUGAUGCUGAACGUCAACAUGUGGUCCACACUGGUUCUAGGAAUAAUUGUGCUUUGGACAGGGGAGGUGUGGGAGUUUUUGUCAUUUGCAGACCGGUAUCCUGGCAUCAUCUAUAACAUCCUCCUGUUCGGUAUCACUAGCGCUCUUGGACAGACGUUCAUUUUCAUGACUGUGGUGUAUUUUGGUCCGCUCACCUGUUCCAUCAUCACAACCACACGGAAGUUUUUCACCAUCCUGGGGUCUGUGCUGCUGUUUGGGAACAUCAUCAGCCCUAUGCAGUGGUUUGGUACCAUCCUCGUCUUCCUUGGCCUUGGACUGGAUGCCAAAUUUGGAAAGUCUCCUAAGAAGACGACACACUGAAGACUGGAGCUCUGUGUGCGUGUAUGCGCACAUGUAUACCUGCGAGACAAACAUUGACUUUUAUUCUAAACACUUUACCACACUAACUCCAUCAUUGGUGUACUUAAGAGAUGACGUUUUAGCACUCAAAAUAUUAUGAUGCUGAUGUUCUGAACAUUUAAUUAUGGGAUAUAUUUGCCCAUCAUCUUCCAAAAUGGUAUCCAUGGUAACAGAGGGACAAAUGUGUCUGUGCCUAAUCAUAAUCUGCCAUGCUCGUACAGUGAAAUCAAAAAGAUAAAAGUUGGAUAAAGAUAAAGAUCCAAUUUAAAACUGUAGUCUAUAAAAUGUAGACACACCAUGGUUGAUUGUACUUCCUGGAAGGCUCCCUCCAGCGAGGCAACCACUGAAUUUUUUAACUACUCCAAUUUGAACUUUUGAGACAUUUCUAUAUAUACCUCCUCGACAUUUGAGAAGUACAGUGAGUUCAGACAGGUGUGUCCUGCCUUAAUUCUAGUCUUAAUUUAGGCAGUGAAUUGUUAAACGUCUCAUCGUCAUUGCAUUCCCCAGAAAGCGCGUGUGUGUAUGCGUGUGUUUACUUUGCGUAUGUAACGCACAAACACCUGUAUAGAUGAAUUAUUUGUCAAAACAUGGCUUUUUCAUACCAGAUGUCAUAUUUAUAUUCAUGUGUCUCAUUUGUCUUGUUUAAAGCCAGUUAAGCAAAUGUUUAGAAAGUUGACAUUUUUUACAAAAUCAAGUCAUCUGCAUUAAACUGUAUCCUUAUGUCAGAAUAAAAAAUGGAAUUUUAUAGAUCAA